UAAACAAUCCUUCUUGGACAUUUUUUUCUACUUCCUUAUUACUAUGGUUUAAUUAAAUUUUAAUUAUUUUCUUUUUAUUUAUUUUUUGGAAAAAUACAAAAACUACGACUUACAUUACCCCAUGAGGUUGGAGAAUUCCAGCAUCCAGCUCCAGUCAGUCAAAUGUCAACUCCACCAAAUAUAGAAACUUCUCCUCUUUAACUGCUAUAUUAACCCACUAAACUCAAUCACUCUCUACUAAAACAUCUCAAAUCUUCACCAAAUCCCAUCUCCAAAUCCUUCAUCGCUUCAAGCAAUGGCGAUCCAUGAAAUCGCAACUCAAAUUUCACCCCACAAAGCAAUGGCCGCUCUCCUCACCCUCUCCAAAAUCCCCGACCGCUCAAACAUUAACCACUCUAUCACUAGACCUCAGCACACUUUCUCCGACUCGAUCAUGGAGGAGACCGUCGCAAACGCGAGGCUCCUCAUGGCCAAAUGGAACCCCACCACCGCCACCACCACCGGCAAAUUCACCUCCAUCUUCCACGAAGACCGAGGCGAAGCCGAGGAGUUCAUCGCGCGGGUGGAGGAGCUGCGCAGGGCGAUGCAUUUCCUCAUCGCCCAGCGCUCCUACUCCGCUCAGCUCGCGGCGGCCAACAAUCUCAUGAAAGCCGCCAUGCUGCGCCUCGAGAAGGAGUUCUACUACAUUCUCUCGGCAAAUAGGGAUUGCUUGAGCCCUGAAUCGGUCUCCGACGGCUCCUCCCGCCGCUCGCGGCGGUCGCUGUCGUUCAGCAACUCGGAGGAGGAGGAGAAUGAGGAUGGGGAAGCUGCUAUGGCGGAUUUGAAGAUGAUCGCUGAGAGCAUGAUCAGCUCUGGAUAUAGCAAAGAGUGUGGGAAGAUCUACAGAGUCACGCGGAAAUCGAUCGUUGAUGAGGAGAUUUAUCGCCUCGGUAUCAGAAGCUACGAUCAAUCUCGGAUUAUGCGAUUGGAUCAUAAAUCUCUGCAGCGCGAUGUGGAGAAGUGGAUUCAGGCGGCGAAGAUCGCGGUUAAAUCGAUCUUCCGCGGCGAGAAAUUGCUGUGUGAUCGUGUUUUUGCUGUCUCGGAGACGAUGAAUCAAACGUGUAUCGCGCAUACGACGACGGAGGCGGCGAUGAAUCUGCUCCGAUUCCCCGAGCUCGUCGCGAAGAGCAAGCGAUCGCCGGAGAAGAUUUUCCUCCUCAUGAAUCUGUUCGAGACCGUCUCCGAUCUCUGGCCGGAAAUCGAGUCGAUUUUCGCGUACGAAUCGCUCUCGCCGAUCAAAUCGCAGGCGCUCGCCUCAAUCCAGAAGCUCAGCGAGUCGGCUCAAGCGACUCUCGCCGAUUUCGUCUCGUCGAUUCAGAAAAAUCACCCGUCCAAAGCGCCUCUCCCCGCCGGCGGGAUCCAUCCGCUGACCUACAAAGUGAUGGACUACGUCGUUUUGCUAGCGGAGAGCGCCGGAACGCUCUCGGAAAUUCUGGCCGAGGACGGCGUCGCCGACGGUGGUCGCUCGCCUUUUCCUGAAUCCUAUUUCGACAGCGCGAGCCCUAGCCCCAAUGCCGGAGUAGCGAGCCGACUCGCCUGGAUCAUCCUCGUCCUCCUCUGCAAACUCGACAGCAAAGCCGAGAUCUACAAAGACGUAGGAUUAUCCUACCUCUUCCUCGCCAACAACCUCCAAUUCGUCGUCGACAGAGUCGGCGCCACCGCCCUGCGAUUCCUCCUCGGCGAGGACUGGCUGUCGAAUCUGCAGAAGAAGGUGAAGCUCUACGCCGCGAACUACGAGUCGGUCGCCUGGGCGAAGGUGAUGGCGGCUCUGCCGGCGGCGCCGGAGGCGGAGUCCUCCCCCGCCGCGAUCAAGGAGCAUUUCAGGAGAUUCACCGCCGCCUUCCAGGCGGCGUGCAGGAAGCAGAGCGCGUGGACCGUGCCGGAUCCGAAGCUGCGCGACGAGAUCAAGGUGUCGAUCGCGCGGAAGGUGGUGCCGGCGUACCGGCGGUUCUACGAGAGCUGCUACGCUGCGAUUCUGAGCGAGGAACGGAAUCUGGAGGUUCUGGUGAGGUUUUCGCCGGACAAUUUGGGGAAUUAUCUGUCGGAUUUGUUCCACACGACUGUUGAGAUCUCGGAGGAGUCGUCGCCGCCGGCGUCGCCAUUGCCGUCGUCGCAAAACAAGUUAGCGAGGUGUUUUUGAUCCAGUCAGGCAGCUCGAUUUUUUCAUGUUCUUUGAUGAAAGGAAUUUUCAUGUAUUUACUUAUAUAUGAAAAAAAAAAUAUACACAAAAUAACUAUUCUCUCCGUUCCACCGAAAGUGGUGCACUUCUUUUGGGCACGAAAUUUAAGGUGAAUAAGAUUAUAGUGUAAA